AUGCCCACCUCUACGCUCUUCAUCGUUCCUCUCUCUUUCCCCCUCAUUCUUCUUCCGACUGGCAGAAUUACCAUCCCCAUCCGUGCCACCGUAGGGGAGGUCCUUCUGCAGCUCAUUCAAGAAUCAGAAGCGCAGCCCAUUGUUGCGGCUGUCCCCAUUCCGGCCGUUGAUUCUGCCUCUUUGCAUGAAUGGGGAUGUGCAGCGCGAGUCGUGCGCAUUGUACGUCCUCCCAAAGGUGUUGCUCGAGAUGGGCAGCAACCGUACUUGCUCACCCUUCAUGGCCUUUCUCGCAUCCACCUCCCAGACGCAGAGGGUGCACAGGAUCAUUUUGAAGAUGGAAUCUUCGAACGUAUAGUAGAAUAUCCUCAGGCUACAAUCCCUCCUACUCCGGAAGCCGCGUCGACGUUCAAAGCUACAGCUGCUAGACUAUUGGACCGUCUGAUCCAGGAUUCGGCCAGUGACACCAAGAAAGAAUUCUACACGAAGCUGGCAGGCAUGGUCGAUGACGUUCAGAUCCAACGAGCUCCUUGGCUGGCGGACCUUUUGAUCUCCAGUCUCAAUGCCGAAUACACAGACAAGCUUGAUUUCCUUUCUGCGUUCGACGUCAACGAUCGGCUCAAACGUGCCACGGAGAUGUUUAUAAAACAGACAUCUAUUUCAGAAGUGAGCAAGAAGAUUGCCCAGUCUAUUGACGAGUCACUGUCAAGACAGCAAAAAGAAUUCUUCUUGCGUCAGCAGCGGGCAGCAAUUGAUCGCGAACUUCGGAGCAUCCAGCGAUCCUCUCCGUCUCAGUCUCGAUCAUCUCCGAGCGAUCCUACCUCAUCAACCGGUUCUACCUCAGAGCUGGACGAUGACGAACAAGCAGACGCGGCUGAUAUGGCUGACAUACGUGCCAAAAUCGAGGCGAUGGCACAGGACAGCGAGGAGCGUAAGACGGCUGUCAGAGAAUGGAGGAGACUUAGACGAAUACCGGCCGGCAGCGUUGAACACGGCGUGAUUCGAAACUAUCUUGAAUGGCUUGCUGCUAUGCCAUGGCCUGCUUCGGUUGGCACGGUUGAGGCGGACCGUCUUCUGCGAGCGUUGCGUGAUCGAGAGUUCCUAUUGAAGGCGAGGAAGCAACUCGAUAUCGACCACUAUGGGCUAGAGAAAAUCAAAAAACGGUUGAUAGAAUACCUUGCUGUCGUUAGGUUGAAGGAACUGCAGGCGGAGAAAGGGGCUCGCAUUGCGCAAGAGGGUCACGAGCUGCACAAGACUGAUGAUACACCUCAGCUAGAUGCUAACAGUGGAGCUCUCGUCAAGCUCGAGAAAAUUGAUCCAACAUCGAUUCAUCCGACACCUCCGCGCAUCCGGAGGAAGAGUACCAAAGGCCCCAUUUUAUUGUUCGUUGGCCCACCGGGUACCGGAAAGACGUCCUUAGGUCAAUCUAUUGCCCGUGCUCUUGACCGACCUUUUCAGCGGAUCUCGCUGGGAGGUGUGCGCGAUGAAGCUGAAAUCAGGGGGCACAGACGCACUUACGUGGCCAGCAGUCCAGGUAACAUCGUUCAGGCGCUCAGGAAAGCGGGCAGACCAGAUCCUGUCAUUCUCCUAGAUGAAAUAGAUAAAAUUGCUCACAACAAUUUUCACGGAGAUCCUGCGGCUGCAUUACUGGAGGUACUCGAUCCUGAGCAGAACCAUUCAUUUCACGAUCACUAUAUCAAUGUACCCGUCGACCUGAGUCAAGUGCUGUUUAUUUGUACUUCUAACACUCUAGAAACCAUUGCUGCGCCAUUGUUGGAUCGAUGUGAAAUUGUUCACUUGUCUGGUUAUACUUACAAUGAGAAAAUACACAUUGCCCGGAGAUUCUUGAUUCCAAAGCAAUUGCAAGCGAACGCCCUCACCUCAGACCACUUGAUCAUUCAGGACACUGCUUUGCUGCACGUUGCUACACACUACACUCGUGAAGCAGGUGUGCGCUCUUUGGAACGGGCAGUUGGUGCUAUCAUACGGCAUAAGGCCGUCGAAUGGGCAGAAUACUGUGACAGUAUUAACGCCGACCCUGAUGCCUCGAUUCCCGCCACUACUGCGCUAGGCAAGGAAACGGCCACGAAGAUAUACAACAAGUCCGUAGAGAAGCAUGAUUUGGAGAGAAUCCUCGGUAUUGCGAGAUGGGAGGAGGAGGAACGCGAAGAACGCAGAGGUCUUGUCUACGGCCUCGUGGUGACGGGAAUGGGUGAGGGUGAUGUCAUGCCCGUGGAGACUAGCCCCGUCCCGGAGGGUAGUGGCAAGCUGAAGCUCACCGGCAGCUUGGGUGACGUUAUUAAAGAGAGCGCGGAUCUUGCGCUCGACUGGGUCAAGGCGCGCGCUUACGACCUUUAUAUCACGAAGUCUAGGUCGCAGGACCCUCUGAAAAACCCCGAUUCGAUCGACGUUCAUCUGCAUUUGCCGUCGGGAGCAGUGAAGAAGGAUGGACCAUCCGCUGGUAUUGCAAUGGUCUGCGCAUUUGUGUCCUUGCUAACGGGAGCGUGUGUCUCCAGUGAUAUCGCUAUGACCGGCGAGAUUACUCUCCGCGGUCGAGUGGGUCCAGUUGGCGGCAUCAAGGAGAAAGUUCUUGGUGCGCACCGUGCGCGCAUCACAAAGGUGAUUAUGCCGUGGGGGAACCGCCAAGAUGUUGAACAUGAUGUCCCGCUGGAGAUCAGACAACAGAUGAAGUUCGUAUUCGUCCGCACACUGGAAGAAGUACUGGAAGCUGCUUUCGGAAAGCGUGUCAUUGGUCAGAGAAGGAGCGAUGUGCUCCUUGAGAGCCGGUUAUGA